AUGGGACCAUUCAAUCUCACAGCAGCCAUCCUCUUCGUCGCAGCAGGUGGAGGAUUAUGGGCCUACUUCACAUACGAGAAAGAGCGCAUGGCAAGAAAGCGAAUCGCCGAGCAAACAAAGGGUAUCGGAAAGCCUAAAGUAGGCGGUCCAUUCCAGCUCCAAGACCACAACGGCCAGCCAUUCAGCAACGAGGAUAUGCUAGGCAAAUACUCUCUCGUCUACUUUGGUUUCACUCACUGUCCCGACAUCUGCCCCGACGAGCUCGACAAAAUGGCUCUCAUGUACGACAAAGUCGUCGCCGAAUGCGGAAACGUCAUCCUCCCCGUCAUGAUCACAUGCGAUCCUGCACGCGACAACCCCAAGGUGCUCAAGGAAUACCUGGCAGAGUUCCAUCCUGACUUCAUCGGCUUGACAGGCACCCACGAGGAGAUCAAGGAUACAUGUAAAGCGUAUCGCGUGUACUUCAGCACCCCCAAGGACGUCAAGCCUGGCCAAGACUACCUGGUUGAUCACAGUAUCUACUUCUAUUUGAUGGAUCUACCAGACCCAGAAGGCGAUUUUGUCGAAGCCAUCGGGCGCAACUUCACGGCGGAACAGGCUGCGAAGGUCAUCUCAGACCACAUCAAGGAUUGGGAAAAGCCGUUGAAGAAAGAGACGAGAUGGGAGUAG